AUGGCUGGCAAAGAAGAUCGGCUGGUGGAGCAUCUCAGUAAGAUCUUAUAUUUGCCGCUCAACCUUCGCGUCAUCCCGCUUCUCAGCCCCGUCGCUCUUUCGGACUCUCAAAGGCGGGAAACCCAAGCUAAAGGAAAGGGGAUUGCAGCCUCCAGACGCAGAACCACGGACUAUAGCUUCGACACCGCAGAUGCGCGCCUAUACGUCGCCCAGUCCGUAGCCCCACGUAAACGUGAUGGCUUCUUAGUCUGGCCGGAAAUAGAUAAGGAAGGGCUCUUAUCGCAGCUGACUAACCCCCCGCGCGCCCGCACCCAGACGUUCGACGUUGGAAGGCUAGUUGCCUCUUUUGGCCUAGCUAACUAUUUCUUGCGCAUUCGCGUCGAGACGUUCAAUGUUGCGGCAUCCGGUUACUGGUUUGGGUCAGGUAGUAGUGUUAGUAGUUGGUCUGAAGUGCGGGUUGUAUCGCCAGCGCCAGACUGUCGGAUCGAAAUUAUGAACAACACAUCCAGUAAACAGAUGCUUUUGUAUGCCGUAUACCUGAUCUCGCCAAGCUCCGGGUACCUUUGCUGCAGCUUCAACAACAUCACCUUAAAACCAUCACUGAAACCAAACGAGUCGACCACGGAAAACAAACCUGGUGCUUGUUUCCUCAAUCAGUCCGAAUCCGUAUCGGAACUGGAUGACAAUAACAAUGGGGCCAUUUUGGAUCGGAAGCCAACACACUCAGCAUGUUUGAAGAAACGCUUGGCUCUAUCCUCUGCGACAAAUAAUGGGAGUGGGGCGGAUGGUUCGGCCCCGAUUACAUCAAGUUCGCGCCCGACGCUCCUCCUCACCGGCCAAUUCUUUCCACAUCUCGCUCUCGAAUUCCACUGGAGCGCUCUGGACCCGGCUACUCUUACGCAGCACGUAACAUACGGUACCAACCACGAGCAGGGCGUCAAACCUCUCAUGCUCGCCCGGUCCACACUUACCAUUACCCUCACUCGGCGAUGUGCACCUUCUUGGGAGCCCUGGUUCAAGGAUCGCCCGCAGCAUAACGCAACUCUUCUUCUGGAUUCCGCCUUUACACCACGCAACCUGGACUUCACACUCGAAGAAGGACAUUUCCCAGCGCCGAUUUGGGCACCCGACUCUGAUGAUGAAACUGAUGCCGAUGACGAAUCAUCGCUUUCUCACUGUCGCUUUGUGCUACGUCUACGUCUUCCUGUCUCGCCUUACCCGCCCGAGGCUACCUGGGACGACGAUCCUCCUGGUCCAGGCAGCUCGAGAGAGCCUUGGAAGUGGGGUGAUUUUGUGAGCCGGAAGCUGCCUGACCCGCCUAAGGACAAGCCGUAG